AUGCCACCUAGCACACAUCUCAGAGGACCGCCCGAUGAUCCGAACGCAGAAUGGAUCAUCCAAAAGUACGGCGGCACGAGCGUUGGCAAGUUUCUCGAUACCAUCGCGCAACAGAUCGUCCCCUCCUACCUCGCAGGCAACAAGGUCGCCAUCGUCUGCUCUGCGCGCUCUGGUCAGACGAAAGCGCUAGGAACUACGAAUCUUCUUCUUCAAGCCGCUAGCGAGGCGCUCGACGAGGCCUUGACCCCCGCAGUCUCCCUCUCCAACUCCGUUGCAUCACUCACAAACGGUGCCCAGACACCCGUUCACCGUCCUGGCUCUGCCUUCUCCCGCAAGUCGAGCUCGAAAGGCACCCCGCUCGGUCGUAUCGAGCCUCUUAGCAGCAAUGUGCUCGAUAAGAAGCUUGAGCAGCUCAACCUCAUUGGCGGCACCGACUCGGCCGCCAAGCAGACCAAGUCCGCCAAGAGCGACGCCGGCUCCGACUCGGAGCCCGAGAUCGCCGUAGGAUUCAAUGCUACUGUCGACCGUAUCCUCUCCGAUCAUCUCGCCUCGGCAAGAAAGGCCGUCACAAAGGACAGGCAGCUGCUCGAGCAGAUUGAAAACGACAUCACACAGGACUGCGAUCGACUGCGCGACUUCCUUCUCGCGGCCAAGAUCAUCGAGGAGAUUUCACCCAAGUCGAAGGACAUCAUCAUCGGAGUCGGCGAGCGACUUUCUUGUCGCAUUGCUGUCGGUGCGCUGCGCGAUGCUGGCGUCGAAGCAGAGCUCGUAACCCUCGAGAGCAUCGUCGACCCUUCCUUCUCGGCGCAUGCAGUGCAGGAUUCGCAAGGAGAGUUCACGCUCGACCAGGCUUUCUACGACUCGCUCAGCGAGGCAUUGGGAGAGCGUCUCAAGGCAUGCACCGGUGUCCCAGUCGUGACGGGCUACUUUGGCAACGUUCCAGGUUCGUUGCUUUCGCAGAUCGGUCGUGGCUACACCGACCUUUGCGCCGCAUUGUGCGCUGUUGGUGUCGCCGCAAAGGAGCUCCAGAUCUGGAAAGAGGUCGAUGGCGUGUUCACGGCAGACCCCCGCAAGGUGCCCACCGCACGCCUCAUCCCGUCCAUUACACCCGAGGAGGCAGCCGAGCUGACCUACUACGGCAGCGAAGUCAUCCACCCCUUCACCAUGGAGCAGGCUAUCAAGAAAGCCAUCCCCAUCCGCAUCAAGAAUGUCGAGAAUCCCACUGGGCAGGGUACCGUCAUCUUCCCGGACGUCCCCGAGGGGCACGAUGGGUCCGAAGACAAGCUCGUCGAUGGCCAUGUCGACCAGCCUCGCCCGCCCCUCACGCCUUCGGUCAGCAAGUCCAACUUUUCCGCCUGGGGCUCCUCGUCCAAAAGCGAAGCGGCACGACCCGUCAUGGGCGAGCGCAAGCUGCCCACCGCCGUCACCAUCAAGGACAAUGUUCUGGUUCUCAACGUACACUCAAAUCGCAAGACGGUCUCGCACGGCUUCUUCGCAAAGAUUUUCGGCACGCUCGACAAGUACGGCGUCGUUGUCGACCUCAUCUCGACGUCGGAGGUGCACGUCUCGAUGGCCAUGGCGGCGGGAUUGAGACCACGAACGCUCGAAAAGGUCAAAGCGGACCUGCAAAAGGUGGGCACGGUCAGCGUGUUGCGCGACAUGGCGAUUCUGAGCCUUGUCGGCAAGCACAUGAGGAACAUGGUCGGUGUGGCGGGGCGGAUGUUCACCGUGCUCGCCGAGGGCAACGUCAACAUCGAGAUGAUCAGCCAAGGCGCCAGCGAGAUCAACAUCUCGUGUGUGUUGCACGAAAAGCUGGCCAUCAAAGCGCUCAAUUUGAUUCAUUACUCGGUGUUGGAGGUGAGCCCCAAGCCGAGCAAUUCAGAAGCUGGUGCUUUCGGACGGUCGUUCUUCUAA